UUCAAUUUCCCGCAGCCAGCAAACCCCCCCCCCACAAACACACACACACACACACCAUGGACUCUUCGGCCCUGGCCCCGCCUCUCUGCUUGUACGAUCAGGUUGUGCAGGUUUGGUGGCUUUAAAGCAGGAGCUGUAGGGAAAGAGUUGAGUCGGAGGAGGAGGGGAGAAUAAUAGGAGGAGGGAGAUCCUGGUGCUCGGCUGACGUUGCAGGGGGAUACACCAUCAUCACAGCUUCCCCCCAUCCUAAGGCCCUGGGAUCGGUGUUCAGAAUCAGUGGUAUUCGCUGCAUCCCAGGUGUCUAGCAGAUCCUCCGACAUGGAUGGCCACAAUUACCAUUACUCACGGGAGUUCUACGACCAAUAUGCACAAAGCCAGGACAAAUCUGUAGUAAAUAAGAUGCAACAGAAGUACUGGAAGACAAAGCAGACGUUGAUAAAAGUCACCGGGAAGAAAGAAGAUGAGCAUGUCGUUGCUUCUGAUUCAGAUCUAGAUGCUAAACUAGAGCUUUUUCAUUCAAUUCAAAGGACCUGCAUGGAAUUACUGAAAGUGAUUGAGCAGUAUCAGAAACGCAUCUGCUUCUUAUCACAAGAAGAAAAUGAACUGGGCAAAUUCCUUCGUUCACAAGGAUCUCAGGAUAAAACCAGGGCAGGGAAAAUUAUGCAGGCGACUGGGAAGGCGCUGUGCUUCUCUUCUCAACAGAGGCUGUCUUUGAGAAGCCCUUUGUCCAGACUGCACCAGGAAGUAGAGACAUUUCGAUACAGAGCUAUCUCCGAUUCAUGGCUGACCGUUAACAGGAUGGAACAGUCUAGGACUGAAUAUCGAGGAGUUUUGCUCUGGAUGAAGGACGUAUCUCAAGAACUGGAUCCUGAUACCUAUAAGCAGAUGGAAAAAUUUAGAAAGGUCCAGGCGCAAGUACGUCACACCAAAGCUGCCUUUGAUAGACUGAAGACAGACGUAUGUGAAAAGGUGGAUCUGCUGAGAGCAAGUCGAUGCAACCUCCUGUCCCAUGUCUUAACUACAUACCAGACCACACUACUUCACUUUUGGGAAAAAACCUCACACACUAUGGCAGCCAUUCAUGAGAGCUUCAAGGGUUAUCAGCCAUAUGAGUUUACCACAUUAAAGCCUAACAAUAGGAAGCCAGGAGCAUCUCCGUAUUCUGCUGAACAGAGUUUACAGGAUCCUGUGGACAAACUAACAAAUCAGGAGGAGGAGAAGGAUACAGGCAUCGAGGACCCGGCUGCAAAACCAGACGAUCAGCUCAUUUCUUUAGAUGACCUGAAGCAGAUGGAGGAAUCCGGAUCACCAGGCGACAAAGAACAUAUAUCCGGUUUUGAGGAGAUUCUCCUGGAGAAUUCAGUUGGUGCACUAGAUGAAUUAUUGGAUCUGAAACCGGAGGAGAAAAUGUUCUAUGAAGAAAGGGUUCCCAAAGACCCGCUUGGUCCUGAGGCUGGGGAUAAGGAUGAAAUGCAGCUGCUGAAUGAUAUUCUAAGUGCUUCUUCCUUGGAGGGUGAUGAUCUUGGCAAUGAGUGGGCGGCGAUAUUUGGAGAUCCGCUAGCCAGUCCUCAUCCUGUGAGCCCAGGAGCAAUAGACCCGGAACAACGCGCUGAUUCAUCCUCUGGGUUCCUUCCUUCUCAGCUCCUAGACCAAGACAUGAAUGACCUACUGUCUUCAGUGCAGGGUUGGACGGCCAACAGUGGGACUUCAUCUUGUCAAGCGGCUCCCCCAGCGAACAGCUCAAACCCCAGCACUAACAAGGCACCAGCAAAGGACGUCUCAAAGAAUCCAGGAUCCAAGGAUCUGAGCGCUUGGUACAACCUCUUCGCUGAUCUCGAUCCCUUGUCCAAUCCCGAUGCCGUUGGGAAAACUGAUAAGGAACAUGAACUGCUCAAUGCAUAAUCCCUGCCCACAUGAGAGAGCCCCGGGGAAGAGACGUAAACUCCCAGCAUUGCUAUAAGAAAUAAAUUGCGGCUCCUUUUGUAGAAUAACUUGUUGUUUUGUUGUGAGUUACACAAGGGAAAGUUUCCCCACUGAUUCCUGCCUUUGCCAAAAGAAACACACAAGCACUAUUUGAUGGGGAUAUAGUAGCAACCUGUUUUUUAUUAGAGUACAGAGCGACUGCUGGGCUUUUGUUUAGUGGAAGCCACAACAAUAAGAUCCAUGUCCUGUCCAUGUGUACUCACAAACCAACCCACAUUCCCCUCAUGAAUUAGUGAGUGGGAGAUUCGGGAUCCCACCAGGCAAAACAUACGCGGUAUAAUCUCCUGAGCUUUUCUGUAAGGCCUCUUGCCAUGAGCAGAUCGGCAGUGUCGCUCCAUAAAUACUGUAAUAAAACAGGUUUUGUCGGAGAAUGCGUCAUAAUAUAAUUUAACCCUUUGUAUACACGGGUAUAUUCCUAUUCUGUUUGUGUCCCUGAGGCAAGAGUCCUGCGCAGAACCAAUUUAUGAGACUCCGCGACCCUAAACGCAACCCGCGUCUUUACCCACUUUGAUCCACUGUCCGAACCGCAACUGCCUUAUCCGCAACCUGCCGGCCAACAUUAAACAGGAAGUGAUCUCGCUGCAAACUGGAAGUGACAUCGUCAAAAGUGAACGGAGACAGAAAAAAAAGUGUUGUAAAAUGUUAAAAGGAGUAAAAUCUACACAAUAUAACAUGAUAGACAUAUAGAUGCGACCCGCAGACCCGCACCUGAAAAACCUACCCUCAUUCUACAGGGUACCCAAUUUUUUGCAGGUAACCCGCUGUUGCCCGACCUGCUGCAGGAUUCUACGCUGAGGAUACAACAGACUAGGGAUGCAGCAAAUCCAGGAUUUGGUCCUUCUGCCCGGCCAAACUGAAUUCAAAUCCUAAUUUGCAUAUGCAAAUUAAAGACGGGGAGGGAAAUCGUGUGACUUUUUGUCACAAAACAAGGAAGGAAAAAUAUUUUCCCCUUUCCAUCCCUAAUUUGCAUAUAAUUUACAUAUGCAAAUUAGGAUUCGGUUCGGUAUUUGCCCGAAUCUUUUGUGAAGGAAUUGGGGGUUUGGGCAAAUCCAAAAUAGUGGAUUCAGUGCAUCCCUACGACAGACCAACAGAUGAGAUUUCAGUGAUCAUUUGUUUGUUCUGCUUCCUUGCAGUAUUAUUAUUGGUCAGUCCAACUGUGCGGCCAUGAUGUGCCUUCUGCUCAGGGCUUCAUCCACUAAUUCUGCUGUCAUUGGACUCUAAAUACAUUCAGUAAUAAGAUCAGUAGUAAAUCCAGGAGCAGGAAGUGGGUACAAUGAGUAAACCCAAAUAUUUUGCUACUUGAGUUAAGCUGGGAUUUGUAGUUCCAUGACAACUACAUGGCACGUCCUCUCUCAAAUUUAGUCUUUCCUGUUUUAUACAAGAAGAUUUGCUUUGACACAACAAUAUUAGCAGCUACAGAGCCUUGUGUUCCUCUACUCAAUGUGUGGGUUGGAUAAUAAUCGUACUCUAUGGAUAGCGUGAAGUGCAUUUGAAAUUGUCAGCUGCCUCUUUACAAACAUGGUUGAGUUAAUUAUAUUAUAAAGAGAAUAUUUAUAUGUGUGUGUGUGCGAUGCAGAUAAUUUAAAUAAUGACGUCCUUUAACCGCUGCUAAUAAACUGCCUUUGUCCUGACCUCCA